GGCGCACACUAAAAUGGGCGCGCCGGGAGCCUGAACGCAAAUGGAGUAGCUUGGAACGCUUUCUCAACAAACUCGUUCCGUCCCAAAACGUGCAUCAUUUCAAGAUUUAUGCAUCUCGCUCACAACGAACUGGCUAGAUAGAGGUUACAGCAUUUUCUUCAACUAGUUAGCGAACUUACUUUAGUUGCACGAAUCUAGCUGCUGCCACCUUUGGCCAAGAAAAAGGAGAAGUCACAACUUGCAGUUUGAGGGUUGUUCUGCGGGAAUGUCGCAGAAAGAAAGACCUAAGUUUUAUCGGCAGGAGGUGACCAAGACGAUUUGGGAGGUACCAGAACGCUACCAGACCUUGUCUCCAGUCGGGUUCGGGGCCUACGGAUCAGUUUGCUCGUCGUACGAUCAGAAGACAGGUCUGAAGAUCGCUGUGAAGAAGCUCUCCCGGCCUUUCCAGUCCAUUAUCCACGCCAAGAGAACCUACAGAGAGCUGCGGCUGCUCAAGCACAUGAAACAUGAGAAUGUGAUCGGUCUUCUAGAUGUUUUCACACCUGCUACUAGUCUGGAGGAGUUCAAUGACGUGUACCUGGUGACCCACCUGAUGGGAGCGGACCUCAACAACAUAGUCAAGUGUCAGAAGCUGACAGACGACCAUGUACAGUUCCUCAUAUACCAGAUCCUCCGGGGGUUAAAGUAUAUCCACUCAGCAGAUAUCAUUCACAGAGACCUGAAACCCAGCAACCUGGCUGUGAAUGAGGACUGUGAGCUGAAGAUUCUGGACUUUGGGUUGGCACGGCACACUGAAGAUGAGAUGACUGGUUACGUUGCCACUCGCUGGUACAGGGCCCCAGAGAUCAUGCUGAACUGGAUGCAUUACAACAUGACAGUGGAUAUUUGGUCUGUGGGAUGCAUCAUGGCUGAACUCCUCACUGGCAGAACGCUGUUUCCCGGUACUGACCAUAUAAACCAGCUUCAGCAGAUAAUGUGUCUGACUGGAACGCCCCCAGCCUCUCUAAUAAGCAGGAUGCCAAGCCACGAGGCAAGGAACUACAUCAACUCCUUGCCUCCGAUGCCUAAGAGGAAUUUUUCUGACGUGUUCAUCGGCGCCAACCCACAAGCUGUGGACCUGCUGGAGAAGAUGUUGGUUCUGGACACCGAUAAGAGGAUCACGGCUGCCCAGGCUCUGGCCCACCCCUACUUCUCCCAGUACCAUGACCCAGACGACGAACCCGAGGCUGACCCCUACGACCAGAGCUUUGAGAGCCGCUUGCUUGAGAUCGAGGAAUGGAAACGGCUGACCUUUGAGGCAGUGUGUGAUUUUGAACCACCCAUCUUCGAUGGAAACGACAUGGAAUCGUGAUUGGGCGAUGUGAUUUCUACUAGCCCCUCCCCCGUCACCCCCACAACUCUAUCACUGAGGUUCCCUCUUAUCAUACGACCUUUUGGAAAAACAAUAUCAUAAUCUGAGUGCCUACAAACGUUUGUCUAUUGUUAGUUAUAUUUCUUAAGCUCGCACUCUCUCUCCCACCAUUUUGACUCAGUAAGGUGUUGCCAGGGAAACGUUACAAAAAUAGCCUGGUCCCAGAUUCGUUGGUGCUGUGGCAUGACAAUGGCCAUGGGAGUUGGCUGUACAGCCCAAACAGAUAUGGGACCAGGCUAGACCUACAAUGGAGGAUAGGAGAGCGUCAUUUUAAGAGCUGUUAAGUCGGUGUUAACUAAUACUGAUUGUAUGUGUCUACUGCAGUGUGUUUUCAAUGGAGAAACGGAGGCAAGCAGAAACCAACCACUAAUAUCAUUAUUGGUCCAUUUCUGAAACAUGUCAUGCUUCUUUUAUUGUCUCUACAUGUGCAUCCGAAAUGGCACCCUAUUACCUAUUUAGUGCACUACUUUUGACCAGGGCUCUAUAUAGGGAAUAGGGUGCCAUUUGGAAUAAAGCCUAUAUUUGAACUCGUUUUGUAUUCCUCCUUCAGAAGUUGUUGUUAUUAUUAUGAAACUGUUGCUCACCACUGUAUUCUAUUUGCUCACCACUGUAUUCUAUUUGCUCACCACUGUAUUCUAUUUGCUCACCACUGUAUUCUAUUUGCUCACCACUAUGAUAUUCAAAAGAAAUGAGAUGCUGAAUUGAAACGUCCAGGAAAAUGUGUUCUGAUUUGAAUCAUUUUAAUGUUGUGUAUCAUCUGAAAUGUGGAAUAAUGCGUCUGUCACUCGCACUCUGCCAAUCUACCAAUCACAGCGUUUGCGUCACAGACUCCCAGGCUUUGUUUUCCUGUCAAUCACAGCGUUAGUGUCAGACUCCCAGGCGCUUCAGAAACCGUUGAUGGAUCUGCUUUACUGGAUAUGUUAUAUGACGUAGGUUGUGUCCCUAAUGGCACAUUACUGCCUAUAUAGUGCAGUACUAAAUGCGGAAAACACACAUUUCAGUUGAAUGCAUUCAGUUGUACAACUGACAAGGUAUCCCUCUCCUUCCUUUUGACCAGGGCCCAUAGGCUUAUGGUCAAAAGUAGUGCACUAUAUAGGGAGACAUUUGGGACAGACACAAAGGAGAUUUGUUCUAUUCUUCAACAUUGUUAUGAAUUUAAGAAAUUGUUUUAAUCUACCACAUUGCAGAUUCAUCCCCCCCCUUUCGGUUACUGGCCCAACGCUCUUAACCGCUAGGCUACCUGCCGCCCAUUUAGUGCUCACAAACCGUAAAAUCAUUAUUCAGUUCAUUGAAUACCCACAUGAUGUAAUUCUGGCAGAUUCAGACAAUUUGUUGUUUAAUAAAUGUCUUUAUUAUAAGUGGCUUCCUCUCGUCCUCUCAUCUCCUUGAUCUGCACUGAGGUGAAGGAGCUGGACAGGGGUCAACCAUAUUGCUUUUCAGAACAGAACUGUGCAGAUGAAGGACAGAAUGGAAGGAAGCCACUGUAGACUAUUGAGAUACAGCCCCAGUCAGAAUAAAUAACCAUGAUAGCCCCAGGACUAGCCUGGUUGAACCAGAUUGAAUGCUGCGCUCCAUUGAACAGAGAAUUCAAUCUGAUUUUAGCCACUUUCCCUAUUUACACUUUGAAACCAGAUGGAGUUGAUAUGAGCCACUGUGGGUUGUCAAUGAAUGUGCCAAUCAAUGUGGCAUUAAGUCAACUCAGAAAAAUAUGUAUUUUUGGGUACCAAAUCAACUCAAAUGUAUGUAAAUAUCUGUUCUAUAUUUUAUUUUUUAAUCUUCAUGAUUUAUCUUUUGUUGUUUAUCGAAUUUAAACAAUCUUCAUUAUCAGCAUGUUCGUCAUUUGUGUGUGUGUGUGUGUUUUGAAUACGUGUUAACAGGAGUUUGGCGUGUCACGCUUAAAGCCGCAAAAUAGACAAAUUAAAUUGAUGUCAAAUAAAUGAGGGAAUUGCUUAGAUAUAUUUAUACUUUGAGGUGGUAUUUAAACUGGAGAGAGAUACUGUUGUUUAUUUCAGCAAAGCCCCAUAGAAGACUGACAUCUAAGAGUAUUUACAGCAGAGUAACUAUUAGUAUAAUUAAUGCCUUUGUUUAUAAAGAAAUAAAGACAGUUAUUUUUAA